AUGACCGACGUCGCCACGAUGCAGCCCGAGCUGACGCUCAUCGUCGCCGCCACGCGCAGCAUGGGCAUCGGCCUGAACGGCACCAUGCCCUGGACAGGCCUGCGCAGGGAGAUGCAGUAUUUCGCGCGCGUCACGACGCGGCUCGCGCCCGGGGCGCCCCCCGGCUCCGUCAACGCCGUCAUCAUGGGCCGCAAGACCUGGGACUCGAUCCCCGCCAGGUUCAGGCCCCUGCGGAACCGGCUCAACAUCGUCGUCUCCCGGCGGCACCCGCCGCUGGAGCCCGCGCCCUCGGAGCCGGUGAGGGUGUCGUCGCUCGAGCAGGCCGUCGAGUAUGCCGGGACGCACCCCCUCGUGGGCAGGGUGUUUGUCAUGGGCGGCGGGCAGACCUACGACGCGGCGCUCAGGAUGGACGCCGCGAGGAGGGUGCUGCUGACGAGCAUGAAGAUGGACUGCGAGUGCGACACCUUUUUCGGCCUCGACCCGGGGCGGCGCGAGGCCGCGGCCGCGGGAUGGCGGAGGAGGGGCGUCGACGAGUGGCGGCGGUGGACGGGCGAGACGGGCGACGCCCACGCCGACGAGGCCGGCGUAGCGUACGAGUGGCAGAUGUGGGAGAGGGAGUGA